ACAGAAGAAGCCGAACGUUUUCGGUUCCGCUCAGAGUCAUAAGCCAGGUCAGACUAGGUUAGGGUUUACCUGUGAGGCCUGCUCCCCUGCCGCCGCCGCCAUGGGACACUCCAACGUGUGGAACUCGCACCCCAAGAACUACGGCCCUGGAUCUAGGGUUUGCCGUGUGUGCGCUAACCCCCACGGCUUGAUCCGAAAGUACGGGCUCAUGUGCUGCAGACAGUGCUUCCGCAGCAACGCCAAGGACAUUGGCUUCAUCAAGUACCGCUGAAACUUGGGGAGCUCCAAAGCAUGGCAAUAAUGGAAGCAUGGAUGGGGACCUAAAAGAUAGCCUGUACUCUUAUUCUUAUGAUAAAACCAUGUAAUGAAUUGUUUGGCUUUGUGUGGACGAAGUUGGUGUAUUCUAGAUGGUACUCUUGAAUCUUGAUGCUUCCCUGCUAUGCUAGCUGAGCAUGUCGAACCGCUAUGAAUCAGACAAUACAGUAUCAAUGUUACCACUCAGUCUUGUUA